GAAGCAGAAAUGUUCGUACGGACUCAUUAGUAAUAGAGACUAAGAUCAGAAUCGUGUAUAUCAAUCUAAUCUAGUUGUAUUGUAAGUAGCUGAAAAAGUCUUUUUAGUCGACGAAGUAAACGGCGUGUAACGGGCAAUUGUGAUAGUGGAGAGUAUGCCCCAUAAGAGCAUGUACAACGCGGGUUGUUAGUUAAUCCUUAAGUGUAAUCCUUAGCUUUUUGUGAUUAAAUAAACAAUAAAAAUAUCGAUUAAGCUAAGGAUGAAUCCUAAAUUAAGGAUUAAAAGGACGGAAUCCGUAAUGCGCUGGCGUUACGUGAGUGGCUGGAGUCACAUUUGUUUUUGGUGGGGUGAGUGAAAAAAAAACGCGAAGAAAUUCAUUUGUUCGACCCAAGGAAAAAAAAAACCAGAGGCGUGACGGAGGCGAUAGAGGGGCGAAUCGUGAUCGUCGUUGUCGAAGGUAAAUCCGGCUUCUCUGUCUGUUAAUUUUUCUUCUGGGCUUGAUGCAUGUUCAUUUCAUCGGUUGAAAGGGUUCGAUUGUGGGGUUUAAAUAGAAUUAGGGUUUGAAAUGGGAUUGGGGAUUUCAAUCGAAUUAGGGUUUUUGUCUGGGUUUGUAAUUUUCUUAUUUUCGAGGCGAUGUUGUGUUGUUAUUGACGCGAUUCCAGGUUCUGGAUUGAGUAAAUGGGAUUGGGGAUUUUAUUCGAAUUAGGGGUUUCUUCUGCGUUUGCUAAUUUGUUCUUUUAGAUAGGAUUGUUUGUUGUUCUCGUCGGGAAUGAAAUCGAAAUAGGGUUUUGUUCUGGAUUGAAAUCGUAUAAUGGUUUUCUUGUCGGUUCACACUCGAUAAAAGGUUUGAGGCUGGAUUUGUUUUCGUUGCAGGUACAGAAAUGGAGGAAGAACUUCGAGAUAUGAAAGCACACAAAGCGUACAUCAGCAUGGUUGAUUUCGUUGCAGAAGCGCAACAGGGCAUUCCCAAACUGUGCCCCUGUGGCUCAAUCACGAAGGAAACCGUUGAUGAAGAGGACACUUACGACUACCUCCCUGGGAAAAGAUACUUCAUCUGCAAAGACUUCGAGAAUGACGGACUUCAUUUCAGGCAACCAUGGGUUACGGGUGUGACAGAAGAGGUUGAGAGGCUGAAACUACGGGUUCACGAGCAUGAGAAGCUUCUCAGAGAGUGUGAGGCACUUAAGGCACAGGUUGCAAUGCUGGUAAAGCGGGUGACAGAACUUGAAUUACUGCACUAAGGUUAGUCUAACUGAACUUUAUUAGUUACUAUAUAACUCGCUAGUUACUAGUUUUAGUUGUUUGAAUAGAAACGGAUAGGACAGGCACCUGUUUAGUUUGAAAUCUGUACACUUUGCGUUAAUGAACUUGUAGAGUGUGUAGUUAUAAAUGCUUAGCUUAACGACCAUUAAAUUUUCUAUAGCUGUUGUGAUAGGACAGUUUUCUACUUGUAUUGAAUGUAGAAUCCCUUAUUUAAUCUUACUAGUUUCUAGUAGAGAAUCACACAGUUUUAUUCAUACUCUUUACAAACUCCUAAAUGGAAAGCUCUUCUAGUUUUGUUAACCUGUUAACGAGUCAAGGGGCAGUUGACCUUGACUCAUUAGAAACUCCGGC